AUGCAGGUGGUGCUGGACAAGCAGAUUCCAGCAGCUGCCUUCUUGCUGGACUGCGUUCGUCAAAAAGGGAGGGGGCCAAGAUGCUCCAGAUGGCAGGGUGCUCAUCCGCCUCCUCGCUCAGACGGCGUCGUACCUGCGGACGUAAAGCAGCGCGCGCGCGCGUGUACAGUCAGCGAAUGGUGCCUCGCACGUCGGGGCGCGUGACUCACAAUCAACCAGUGCUCCUCUGACCCCAUCACCUCAUGAGGCGGCAAGAGACCAACUUGCAAAGGUGACCUUCAAUGCUGAAAAGUCAAUCAAGGAGGCGCGCCGCGAGGCCAUUGCUGCGGAUGAGCGUCAACGGCAUGUGGAAGCAAAGUUGCAUGGGGUGACGGUGAAGCUUCAAGAGUCUGAGGAGCGGGCAAAGCAGCAGCGCUUGGACUUUGCCAACAAGCUGCAGGAGAAUGCGCGAGUGAAGCGAGGAGCUGCAGAAGAGCUUGCCGAUGCGAAUCGCCAGCUCGUCGAUGCGAGUACCCAGCUUGUCGAUGCGAAUACCCAGCUUGUCGAUACCCAGCGCCAGCUCGCCGACACCCAGCGCACUCUCGCCGACACCCAGCGCGACCUUGCUACGGUGACUGCUGAGCGCGAUGCUGCCCACACUGCUGCUCAAGGAAGCGGAGCUCAGCUGGGCAGCCUGCUGGGCAACCUGCUGCAGCAAUACACUAGCAAGACGGACGAGUUUGUAAAGAAAACGCACGACCAGCUCUCGACGUUGGCCACAAGGAUGGAAGCAGCAGAGACUGCACUCCAGAGCAGCACCCUCGAGCGCAACAAUUUGGCCGCAGCGCAUGCUCACGCAUCAGAGGCCUCGCUCAUGGCACAGAUGCAGCUGCGUGCCAGGCUCCCUCCUGCAAAUCCAUCGCACGUGCGCUUGGCCUACAUGCUCGGAUUAAAGGGUAGCGACGAGGAUGAGCUGGCCAGCGCAUAUCUAGAGUGUCGCAACGCAUGGCCGACGCUCGACCAUGUUCCGUCUGCGAUCAUGCAGACCAGGAGCAUGGAGUUGAGAGGUGCAUAUCUGAACGAGGUGAUAGAGUCGUCGCGCUCGCCAGACGAGCAGCUGCAGAUUCUCAAGGCAAUUCACCAAAGCGAGACGGUCGGAUACUGGCAGCUGUCGGAUGUUCGCAAGGUGGAGAUACGCGGUCACAUGCAUUUGCGUGUGUGCCUUGAUGACGAUAACGACCAGUCAUUCUUGGACGACAGCAUGGUGCUGCAACAAGCCGGCCGUCGUGCUUGA